AUGGUUCUCCGGGGUUCGCUGGGCAAGCUCCUUGCACCUGCUGCCCUCGUUUGCCUGGCAAGAUAUGGGCCAACAGUCUCUAAGCUGCCACUGCGCGUGCCAACCAGAAGUCUUGGCACUAUGCGAAGUCUCCAGCACGCAAGCCGGGGGGAAGUUCAAGAGCCAGGCUAUGUGGGUGCGAAAGCCCCAGAAGAGGAACCGUGGACAGUGCGUGUUUCGGAUGAGGAGGGCUUGCUUGGGCAGCUGAGUGCGGUCACCAUAGCAAAGGCUGCUGCAUCAAUUCAGACAGCAGGCUUCGUGGUGCUGCGCGGUGCUUCCGUGCUACGAGCCCACGAGCUCCGUGCUGCACAGGAAGAGGCGGACGAGGCACUGUUUCAGGUCAAGAUGACCACCAAGGGUCUUGGACUCGAGCCACUGGCUCCUUGGGCUGUUCCGAAGCCUGCACCAGCAGCUGGGAACUUGUUUCGGUUCCAGGAGGCCUCAUCGUUUUCGAGCGGCCGGCUGGACAUGACAUUCUCGGAGGAGGCAAAGUCAUCUGGGCCGUUGGCUGCACGCCAGGACCUCCUCCGCCUGUGCGAAGUCCUCUUCGAUACAGACUGCCAGCUGGCGAGCCGUGGCGCCUUCUGGAACUUCCCGGGAUCGGGCCGGGAACAUUGGCACCGAGACGGGCUGAUGCCUUUGCUGACCGUUGUUACGGCGGCUCGGCAGUACCCUGACAAUGCAGGUUUCAUGCGCCUGCAGCCCUUUACGCAGCUGGGCGCCAUUGACGAAGACUCGGAGUCUGACAGAGAGCCGAAGGCCGCUGCCGGAGAGUCCGAGCGCGUGGCCGCAGCGCUGCGGCCCGGGGAGCUGCUGCUCUUCCUGUACUCUGCGAAGCAUGCAGCCAUCCCCAACUUCUCCGAUUUCGAUCGCUGCCUGCUGUACUCGGUGUACGGCCCCGAGGGUAUCUCCGACGACCUCAACAUCAAGAGCACCGCUCCUUCCUUGUUUUCAACUUCGAAAUCGAAGUCGUCUAUGCUAGCCCUCAUGGCGAAAAGCUUGAAUUAG